AUGGUGUCUCUGAAAGUGUCCUCUUUUCUGGGAUCCGCCAGAUCGUACGCGUCUGCGUACAAAUAUACAAUCUUGGUCGCAAUAGCGGCUAUCUUGUUCCUGGAUGUUCUGAUCCAGGUCGCUACAUCGGGUCCAAAGCCUUCCAGGGAGAUUGCCAAGGCACAUUCCAAGGAACAGAUUGCUUCUGUGAAGAAGAACGUCAACGAUCCAAUGGCCAUCGAACUCCGCUUGCUGAGAGCGUACCCAUACGGCGAUACAGAUCCUGAGAAGAACAUUUGGCAGUUAUGGGAGACAGAACGUCACUCGAACACGUUUAUCGAGGAGGCCAAGCCACUGGUCACCAAGUGGUCAGAAGAGAACGAGGGCUACGGCCAUCUGUGUUUGAGCAUCGAGGAAGCCGAGGUGAAGGUUGAGCAAAUUAAGGAUACCGUUCCGGAGGUCUGGGAAGCUUACAAAGCGUUGCCUCACAGACGCCACAAAUACGAGUUCUUGAAGUAUCUGCUUGUCUACUUAUAUGGUGGAACAUACGCAGAUAUCGAUGUGGAGCCCCAAAUUCCAAUCAAAGACUGGUACCGUCCACGGAUGAUGUUUGGUAGAGUUUUCGUUGGCAUUCUUGGCGACGUGAACGAGGAGGACUGGAAUAAGUGGCUCAACAGAAGACUCACUUUCUCGACUUCUGUGUUCCAGUCUAGAUCCAAGCAUCCCUUCUUGGCCAAGCUGAUCUCCCGUAUCUCCUACAUUGCUCUCCACGAGCGCAAGAAGUUUGCCAAGAUCGACUGGGAAAAGGCCUUCCAGGACACAGACGCUACAGGAGAGCCUACGAUCUCGUUCACGGGACCUUCCAUUUUCUCCGACACCUUGAUAGAUUACUUCAACAGCAUUCCAAAUGCCGCCGUGCAUGUGGUUUCCAAGUCGUUCAAGAGUCCUAUCGACCACUCCGACGCCUUCGUGGGACCACCUGUUCCAGAAUCCCAACAGUUUUCAUACAAGACGUUCUCGCAGGCUCUUGCUCCAUCGCAAGUCGAGAAUGUCGUGAUAUACCCACAGAUCUCGUUCCAAGGACCUUUAGUUAACGAUGAAAAGUACGCUCGCUACCAGAAGUUAUUCUUUGCGCGUCCUCAUGGAUUCCUUCCAAAGUGGGGAUACAAGGCCAACCUGGGGUUGGCUAAAUGA